UUGAUAACGCUCAUUAUAUUACUCGCGCGAUUAUUCUCAGCUAAUUCUCCAUAUUACGCAUUUAUCUUGUGAAAUGGCCAUCAAGAAUUUUCAGCCCCAAAGUAGAGGUUCUUGUCCCAGAAUUUCCCCACCGAAUUUGCGUUUGCCGGCCCCUUAUCAGUGAUUCAGUGAAGCUUUUAGCAUGACAUUCAAUUGGCAGUGUUUUCUCAAUUGAAUUUUAAUUUUUGUGAUGAUUGUAUUCCAGCUGAUAUUCUAAAACAGUAUGUAAAUGCUGAUGGAACCAAUCUUUUCCUAAGGAUGGUUGUGGCUGAAGAAUUCCUGUUUUAGCGAAAUAAUUAACACCCCUCUUUAUCGCCUGUACCCACUGCCGGGAAAUGGAGGAUACUGCGACUCUAAGUCUGCACACUUACAUUUGCUCACCGUCCUACACGUGUCGACCAACGUUCCCAGGAGAUGAAGUCUCCGACGUGUAUCGGGAAACGAGUCCACCGCGUGCUGAUCCAGAGGCUGGUCAUGCAGUCUUCCUGAAGCAAGAGCCUUGCCCAUUAGAUCAGUUCAAUGAGGAAUUAAGCAGUCACUCGGCAGAUUCCACGCCAAGUCUCCAGGGGCACGAAGAUGGUCUUUGUUUACCAGGAAAUAGCUGCUCACAAGGUCAGAUCCAAACAAAUUUUCCUAUCGCUCUAAUUAGUCAAAUAAAAGAGGAGGUGAACGACGAAGACAAUUUAUUUAAUCUUUCGAACUCGAGCGAUAGAAUUGGAAACGAGUCGGUCGAGGCUGAGCGAAUCUGUCAAGAGGCGAUCUUACCAGAAGGAACCGUACUUAAUUCAGAUGGAUUUUAUCGCGUAAGCAAGGAAGAAGUCCCAGAUGAAGUGGAAGAGCUUGGGCACACCGUGUCAAAAAGCUGCGUCGUGGUGCUUUGUAAACUGCCGUCUGGAGUCAAGAGAAAUAGUUUCGUCGUGGAAUCUGAAUAUGGUGUAUGGGACUUCGUGGACAGAGUCGGUAACAGAAUCCACCGUUUCGAUUCCUUUUCGCCGGAAAGUCGGAGAGCCAUACACGGCCGGGUGCGCAACCAGUUUGGCAAUGUUGAAACGUUUUCAAUUAAUAUUUGGGACCCAGCUCUGAGGAAGUAUAAUACAUUGUUUGACAAACGACGAACCCUCCCACCCAGCAGGAAUUUGGAACAUAACACCGGGAAAUAUUGUCCUUCCUCUGCCUUUAAUUGCAAUCUUUGUGAGGCCACUUUCGGAAGUGGAGUUCAUUUAAAAGUUCACAUGCGUAGGAGGCAUACUGGUAAAAGAUCUUUUACUUGCAGUUAUUGUCCGGCAUCUUUCAGUGUAAAGGUCAAUUGGCAAUAUCAUGAGCGGACGCAUAGAGAAAAUAGACGGAUAUUUGUUUGCAAAAGGUGCAAGGUGUCAUACUGCCAGGCAAGUCAUUUGAUGAAGCACAUGUUUACUCAUCACGGCGAAAAACCUUUCAAGUGCGGCCGUUGCUCAGCCACCUUUGCAGACAAUGACCAUCUUUUAGGACAUAUUAGGACGACGCACACAGAAGAGAGUCAGGUUUGUGGCAAGGAGUCGCAGGUGUCUAUAUCUGCGGAAGUAGAUUUGACAAAUCCUAUGCGUACGCUCAUCAGUGAUGAACUUUUUAAUUGCAAUUUUUGUGCAGCUACAUUCGAAAAUGAACCUAAUUUAAGGUCUCACAUGCUCAGCAAGCAUAUUGGUAAGAAACCACAAAAUAGACGGACAUUUGUUUGCACAAGGUGUAACAUGACAUUCUGUAAUUAUGAUGGUUAUAAACCUUUUACUUGCAGUUAUUGUCCAGCCUCUUUCUUUGAGAAGAUCACCCGGGAACAUCAUGAGCGGACGCAUAGAGAAAAUAAACGGAUAUUUGUUUGCAAAAGGUGUAAGAUGACAUUCUGCCUUUCAGCUCAAUUGAUAAAGCACACGGUCACUCAUCACAGUGAACAAAAGUUCAAGUGCAGCUACUGUUCUGCCUCCUUUGAACACAGUGGUCAUCUUGAAAGACAUAUGACAACGCACACAGGAGAGAGGCAGGUUUGUGGCAGGGAGUCGCAGAAGUCCAUAUCUGCGGCGAAUUUGGCGAAUCCUAUGCGUACGCUUAACAGUUAUAAACCUUUAAAUUGCAAUCUUUGUGCAGCCGCAUUCGAAAAUGAAGCUAAUUUAAGGUCUCACAUGUGCGAGAGGCAUCCUGGUAAACAACUUUUUACUUGCAGAUAUUGUCCAGCCUCUUUCAAUUUGAAGCACUGUUGGAAAAAACAUCUACGCACGCAUAGAGAGAAGAAGCGGAUAUUUAUUUGCAAAGAGUGUAAGAUGUCAUUCUGCCGUCCAGCUCAUUUGGAAAAGCACAUGCUUACUCAUCGCGGUGGAAAACCUUACAAGUGCAACCACUGCGCAGCCUCCUUUGCAAACAAUGGUCUUCUUGGAAGACAUAUGAUGACACACACAGUAGAGAAGCAGGUUUUUGUCAGUGAGUCGCAGAACUCAGUAGUCACGGAAGCAAAUUCACUGAAUCACGCAAGUACGCUCAAUAGUGAUGAACCAUUUAAAGGCAAUCUUUGUGAAGCCAAUUUUGGAAUAAAAUUUAAUUUGAAACGCCGUGUGCGUUCGCGUACUCGUUUAAAAUCUAUUAAAUGCACUCUUUGUGCAGCCGCAUUCGAAAAUGAAGCUAAUUUAAGGUCCCACAUGUGUAAGAGGCAUCCUGGUAAACCACUUUUUACUUGCAGAUAUUGUCCAGCCUCCUUUAAUUGGAAGCACUGUUGGAAAGAACAUCUACGCACACAUAGAGAGAAUAAACGGAUAUUUAUUUGCAAAGAGUGUAAGAUGUCAUUCUGCCGUCCAGCUCAUUUGAAAAAGCACAUGCUCACUCAUUGCGGUGGAAAACCUUUCAAGUGCAACCAUUGCGGAGCCGCCUUUGAAGACAAUGGUCUUCUUGGAAGACAUAUGAUGACACACACAGGAGAGAAGCAGGAUUUUGGCAGUGAUUCGCAGAACUCAGUAUCCACGGCAGUAAAUUCAGUGGAUCGCGUAAGUGCUCCCAAGAGUGAUAAACCAUUUAAAUGCAACGUUUGUAAAGCCAAUUUCGCAUCUAAAUUUAAUUUGGAACGUCAUAUGGUUGUGCAUACUAAUGAAAUAUCUUUUACAUGCAAUCUUUGUGGAGACGUAUUCGGAUCUGAACGUUAUCUGAACGCUCACAUGAGUAGGUGGCAUACUGGUUUUAAACCGCACACAGAAGAGGAGCAGGCUUCUGGCAGUGAAUCGGAGAACUCAGUAUCCACGGAAGUAAGUUCAGUGAAUCCUGUACGCACGCUCAACAAUGAUCAAUGUCUUAGUUGCAAGUUUUGUGGAGCCGACUUCAAACGCAGAUGUGACUUUGAUACUCACAUACAUAAGCAUACUAGAGAAAAAUCUUUUGCGUGCAGUUAUUGUCCAGCCUCCUUCUUCAAUAAUGCCAGGUUUAUCAGUCAUGAGCGGUCACAUAGAGAAAACAGACAGUCAUUUAUUUGCAAAUGGUGUAAGAUGUCAUUCCACUAUUCAGCUCGUUUGGUAAAGCACACGCUCGCUCAUCACAGCGAACAAAAGUUUAAGUGCAGCUACUGCUCGGCCUCUUUCGCAUACAAUGGUCAUCUUGAAAGACAUAUUAUGACGACGCACACAGAAAAAAAGCUGAGACGUGGCAGUGAGACGCAGAAGUCCUUACGCGAAGAAGAACAAUCCAUGAGUCACACGCGUUCGCACGAUGAAAAAUAUUUUAAUAGCAGUGAUUGUCGAAACUCGUCCAGUCGGAAGAGCGGUCUCGAAGCUCCUCUUCAGACACAAUGGCAAACGGCAAACGAAACGAAAUUUGAAAAAAGAGGAGUGUACGCUUGCGAUUUGUGUCCGAUGACAUACUGCUACCCAAGUUAUUUGGUGAACCACUUGCGCACCCAUCUCGGUGAAAGAUCUCACAAGUGUAGCCACUGCCCAGCCGCUUUCGCAAGCAGUAGUGAUCUUGAAAGACAUGUAAUGACCCACCAAAAGGAGGAACGGGUUGCGUGCAGUAAAACCCGGGAGUCGUCGUCCGAAGUAGCACAAUCGGCUAGUCAUAGUGAAAUGCAGGAGUCAUCGUUCGAAGGAGCACAAUCGACUAGUCACAGCGAAAUUCGGCAAUCGGCUAGUCACAGUAAAAUUCGGCAAUCGGCCAGUCAAAAUGAAAUCCGGGAGUCGUCGUUCAAAGGAGCGCAAUCGGCUAGUCACAGUGAAAUUCGGCAAUCGGCUGGUCAAAAUGAAAUCCGGGAGUCGUCGUUCGAAGGAGCACAAUCGGCUAGUCACAGUGAAAUUCGGCAAUCGGCUAGUCAAAAUGAAAUCCGAGAGUCGUCAUUCGAAGGAGCACAAUCGGCUAGUCACAGUGAAAUUCGGCAAUCGGCCAGUCAAAAUGAAAUCCGGGAGUCGGCGCUCGAAGGAGCACAAUCGGCUAGUCGCAUGCGUACGCAGAAGGAUGGAAAUCAACUAAAAUGCCGUUACUGUCCAGCUACAUUCUCGCUUCCAAAAUAUCUCUCAAGACAUAUUUUAAGUCAUAAUUUUGGCAAAAAACCUUUUCCUACCGGUUGCACCUCACCCUCUUCUGCGCAUACGAAACAACUCUCAACGCACCCUAGCCCUCGUGAGGAACGGUUCUCUUGCGAAGGCACACCGGUGAAACCCCUUUAGGGGUUAUCUUUUAUUGACCGGCGGUGCCACCGAUCACCAAACUGCGUUCUCUAACUCACCGGUCGGUGCUGACGUCACGACCGGGAGCGCCACCGCCGGUGGAUUUGGUACCAUCGAUCUACCGCUCGGAGCACCGGAAAAAUCUCCGGUACUUUCAAUUCACCGGUCCACCGGUUGACAAUCUAACCCCACUUCAGCCUAAUUUCAGGCCAAAAAUAAAACAAACAAACGAGAAAACGUGGGGAUUUCGCGCCCCCCGACGCUGCUGAGUCUGAUGAUUCUGCAUCGUCACAUUCGUCACUGUCGCCUAUGUAAUAUUCAGGUUUUUUUCAUGUAAUUUUUCCUCGUACUUUAAUGGAGAUGUUGCAUGUGUGAGGAAUUUGCGAUUUGACCAUUGAUAGUAAAGUUCAUAAAAGUACAUAAAAGUACAUAAAAGUUCGCGAGAAACACGCUGGUGC